AUGGCUGAUCGAGGGUCAUUUACACGGCGUAGACCGGAUCUCGAGUUCUACCUGAACCGUGUCUUCCGCAAAAAGUCAUUUCGCCCCCUGCAGCGAGAAGUCAUUGCAGCAGUUGUUGAUGGCCAUGAUGUAUUCCUUCAGGCAUCCACCUCCUUUGGAAAAAGUCUGUGCUUUCAGUUGCCAGCGGUCAUCAACAAUGGAUUAACUAUUGUCAUUUGUCCUCUCCUCGCUUUGAUGAUGGAUCAAGUCAAUGCUCUCCAAGCCAUAGGAGUAGCAGUUUCGACUAUCAAUUCCAACACACCUUUAGCAGAACGGCGAUUGAUUCUAGACGAUAUGCUCUCAGGGCACCCACGCACACGCCUUCUCUAUGUGACUCCUGAGCUAUGUCAAACAGACAGCUUUAGACGAAACCUGCAAGUCGUGCAUCGACAAGGGCAACUAGCCCGUAUUGCCAUCGACGAGGCCCACUGUAUCAGCGAAUGGGGCCAUGACUUUCGGCCAGCCUACCAGGAGCUGGGAUGGUUCAAAAAGAACCUAAUUGACCCAGAAGUUCCCAUCACAGCACUCACAGCUACAGCCACACCGAGGGUUCGCACAGAUAUCAUCAACAUGCUUAACCUAAAUCCAACCCAACUCAAACUCUUCAACACACCAUCCGCCCGCCCAAACAUCCACUACGAGGUCCGGUAUCUUGAGGACUGUGGCGAAGAUGGUGACUAUCAGGUAGAAAAUUUACUCAAAUACCUUCGCGCCAUCAAAAAGCGAAGAGAAGCCCGUUUGGGCGCAGAAGAAGCUGCUCGCUUACCACCAAUCUCGGGCAUCGUGUACGUCGGACUGCGCGCCAUAUCUGAGCACCUCGCAAGCCUUCUAUCCCAGGAUAAAAGCAUCUCUGCCGUGGCAUAUCACGCCGGACUAGCCCCGCAAGAACGAACACGCAUCCAAUCACUUUGGACUGCACCUCCACCAUCAAAGCAAACCAGCAAUGGCAAACCACCACCUACCUUCUCCAUCAUAGUCGCGACAAAUGCCUUCGGUAUGGGCAUUGAUAACUCCUAUGUCCGGUUCGUGGUCCAUUGGACACCACCUCGCAGCUUUGAAGGCUUCGUUCAAGAAUCGGGGCGAGCGGGUCGUGAUGGCCGUGCAGCUGCGUCUCUUGUGUAUUAUAACCUUCAAGAACGGGAUCGUAUCUUCGACCGCAUGAACAGAGAUACGGAGAACAUGCGCAAUCGCGGCGGGCCUAAACAUCUCGUUGCCAGUACGAUGAAAAAUCAGGAAGCUCGUCUGGAUAGCUUCAAGAAAGUUGUCCGGUACUGUGAAAGCGUGACACGAUGUCGACAUGAUUUGAUCAAGGACUUAUUCGGCGACUUUGAGUUGGAGGAGAUGGGGUCUCAGCAGCCGCCGUCUUCACAAGCUGCUAGGGGAAGUGGACUUGGGAUGCCGGGCUCAACGCCAUGUGACUACGCUUGUGAUUUUUGCAAAGAGGGUCGUGUGGCUCUGGGGAAACGCAAGAGAAAGAUGUUAUCAUCGACUGCUUAUAUGAUUGAUGAA